AUGCGUGGUCCGGAGCACUCGGAGCAAAUGCGCCGCGCUGUUAUUUCCAAGGCCGCCGACGGCAAGACCCAGCGCCAGAUAUCCAAGGAGCUCGAGAUCCCUGCCUCGUCGGUGGGCAACAUCAUUCGCCAUUUCAAGGCCUGGCAUACGCUGGCACCUGCGCCACGCUCUGGGCGGCCUCGCAAAACCAGCCUUCGCACCGACCGCGUGCUUACGCGCAAUGUCCUUAACCGCCAAGAGAGCGCUCUCGAGUUGCGCCGUGAGCUCGAGGAAACUACCGGAAUUCGCUUGUCCGCUAGCACGAUCUGUCGUCGCAUGCACGCCGUCGGCCUCCAUUACGGCAAGAAACCCACCCGACUAAACUCGGGCAAGUCGAAGAAGAUUUGA